CAGUGAGAGGUGGGCUAGCUCGCUGCGGACGCCGGAGGUACCCCCGCAGUGAGAGGUGGAGCACCCGGCCGGGGACGGCGGAGGUACCUCGGAGGGCCUAAUUCUGUCUUGGUGGCCGCUGAUAGAGGAAGAGGUGGAGGAGGAGGAGGAAAAGGAGGUGGGGGAGGACCUCCCUCAAUCCUGCGGAGAAGAGGAGGACCUCCCUCAAUCCUGCGGAGAGGAGGAGGAGGACCUCCCUCAAUCCUGCGCAGGGAAAAUGACUGCUGGUUCAGUGUGUGUUCCUCAGAUCAUACCACUGCGAGUGCCUCAGCCUGGAAAAGCCAACCAUGAAAUUGAUAACAAUACACUUGUGGAAAUGAAAUCAGAUACCCCAGAUGUCAGCAUAUAUUAUACCUUGGAUGGCAGUAAGCCUGAAUUUCUAAAGAGAAUUGGUUAUGGUGAAAAUACUACAUUUAAGUAUACAAAGCCUAUUACUCUGCCUGAUGGAAAAAUACAAGUUAAAGCUAUUGCAGUCUCUAAAGACUGCAGACAGAGUGGCAUUGUAACAAAGAUGUUUCAGGUGGAAUAUGAACCACCAAAUGCGGCCUCUUCAGAAGACAGUGUUGAAAACAUUCUCGAAGAUUCUUCAAAGCAGGAAUUGAAAAAUGGAUUUGUUGCACCAAAACCAAGGAAGAAAUCUAAGAAUGUUGAACAUAAACCUGGUUGGAAUGUUAACCAUAGACAUCUAGACAGCCACCUAGAAAGGCCCCCUUACCGUGAAGAAUCGGUUUCUAGACCACCCAGAAAUCCACCCCAGUUCCCUAGUUUUGCACACAUAACUGGCCAUCCGAGUUUGACAGCCACAGAGAUCAUGAGAAUUCAAAGGGAGACAGACUUUCUCAAGUGUGCCCAGUGCCUCGCCCUUCGCCCAUCUGAUCCCUUGGUUCGCUUCUGUCAAGAUUGUGGCUUUCCUGUUCCACCAGUAUUUGGUUGUCGUCUCUCACCCUCAGAAGGAGCUCAGUUGGGCUUGUGUGCAGAAUGUGGAAGCAUGGUGCCCAUGAACACUUCCUUCUGUGUGGUAUGUGAGGCUCCUCUUGCUCUGCAGAUGCAACCACCGGCUGGCUUCCACUUGAAGGAAAAGGUAAUCUGUCGCACCUGUGGCACAGGGAAUCAUCCUUACCUGAAAUACUGCCUCACCUGUGAGAGCACCCUGCCUUCAUCAAAGGAGUCCAUGUGCAGUGGAGAUAAAGCUGGUCCUGCGCCCACUCUGAAAGGGGAGACCAUUUCCUGCUCCAAAUGCGGUCGUCAGAACCGGCCAGGUGCUUUCUUCUGUGACUGGUGUGGAGCCACGCCUGUCGUUGCUACCUGCUUCUCUGUUUGCCUCAAAUGUGGGGCCAACAAUCACCCAUCUGCCCGAUUCUGUGGCUCCUGUGGUAUUUACCUGAAGUCCUUGGCAAAACUCAGUGUGGACAACAGCCGGGCUCUAGCUGCUGGAGAAGCGGGCCCUUUUGCUGAGUCCCGAUCUGCCUGGCAGUCCCUGAAUGUUCCUUUACCCAAACAUGAUGGGACUAAGAAGAAUGUAGGUACACAGACCACUGGCCUGUUCUACCCGUCUGGCAACCUGCUAGCGAAAAAGGAACUGGAAAUGGCUUCCCAUCAGCAGAGGCAGGAGAAAAUGAGUGACCAUAAGCCUCUCCUUACAGCCGUCAGCCCAGGAAGAGGAUACUGGAGAAAACAGUUGGAUCACAUCUCUGCCCACCUCAGGGCUUAUACUCAGAACAACUCUGAAUUCCGGGCCUUGAUUGCCGAACCGAGGAUGGGAAAGCUUCUUUCUGCUACUGUCCAUGAAGAUGGCUAUGAAGUUAGCAUCAGGCUGAAUUAUGUUCAAGUCUCAAACAAGAACUUUUACCUGAGUAAGGCGAUGAAUUUCAGCGAUCAUUUUCUGAGCACUGUCACCGAGGGUGGUCACGGGAUAUUUGGCAGCAGGUAUAGCUUGGUGAGUGACUACUGCCACAGCACCUCAGAUACCACUGAAAAAAUCAAGAGAACGAAGACUUUCAAGACCAGAACAUUUCAAGAAAGGAAGGAGCAGCUUACACCCGAAUACAGGCUCCUGCGGAAGGAAGUCGGACCGACAGGGGAAGGAAGAGUCUCUGUGAUUGAACAGUUGCUUGAUGAAGGAGCAGAUCCCAACUGCAGUGACAAUGAAGACCGACCCGUUAUUACCGUGGCUGUGAUCAAUAGGCACCAUGAAGCAAUCCCAGUCCUCGUGCAGAGAGGAGCAGACCUCGAGCGGCCGUGGGGACCUUUAUGCCAAUAGAGGAAAGCACAUUUUCCCACUGGAAGCCAAAUGAUGCAAGUCUGAUUUAUAUUUGUUGGUUUGAAGUAUUUAGGCCUAGGUCAGCCUGCCCUCUGCCCCACAGCUGGACCUCUGGGGAUCCAGGAACAUGACCUCAAGUUUCCAUUCACCCGACUGCUCUUCAGGUAUAAGCCAGUCGGAGACGUGGCUAUCCUGGAGAAGAGGCCCAGUGCGUUGUCCUCAGCACACCUGAUUGAAAUGCACCUUCCCUCCCAGGCAUGUUUGGCUAGUGGAGAGAAGCAGCCCCGUUGGCUUCCAUAUGAGGUCACUUCCAUUAAGGAGGUUGGCGGGUAGCAGAGGCCCUCCCUAGUGUUUCUGUUUACCAUGUUUGUAUCAUUUCUAUCAGAAUAAACUCAUAUUCAACAGGAAGGAAAAGGCCAGGUACACAUUCUCCACCGAAGCUGAUACCUCUUUGCAGACUUCAGAAACAGACUCAAGGUCUCACUGGGAGAAGGACACAGAGGAGUGUUGUCUGCUUUGGACAAUAGCUGCCCUUCUUCACGGGAGUUUCAGACAAUUAAUCUCUCAGAUCUGCUCCAGGUGAAGAAAAUGCAACCCGAAGUCUAUUUCUUAGAGGUUCAGCUGUGGAGAUUUGUUCUGUUAGGUAAUUCAAGAUUUACAAAGAGAAUGUACCUUAAUCCCCUAUGAUGCUUAGAUUUGAAUAAAC